AUGGCUUGCCGACCUUGCUAGUGUAGUGGAGACGGUAUUUCGAGGUCUCUGCGCUCCCCGGGAACGAGACAGUACCACAGAGGCGAAGCUCGAACCUCAGAACAGACGCUUUCGGUAGACGACAGCUGGUCUGUGGGGAACGGUAGUCUCCCUGGCCGUCCCCACCAACACAACCAAGUUGGUGCGGGGCUACACCACGUCGAGUCGAGCACGACCGACUCCGGUGUCUCCAACCCCAGUUGCGUGACGUCCGACAGCGUUCCUCCGUUGGUGACCGCGGAGGAAGAUCUCCUGGCCACGGCCGAGCUUCGCCUGGUCUGAGGAGGUGGAACAGGCUCUGGGAGACUUGAACAAAGGUUUGUGUGAGAGAGCACGCCGAUGUCAUCGGUGUCUGCUGUGACGAGAAAGAGGGAGGGUGAUGGCUUUUAUGAUACUGAAAAAGAAGAGUUGGAGAAAAAGGAUGUAUAUCGCUGGAUGGAGUCUCAGACAAGGACAAGGGGAAGGACGGAGCUCCAGUGGUGACGACACCACACUCCUCCCUGCCUCCUUCCCUCGACACCACAGUCCCUCAAAAAAUUCCCCCCGCCACCAGUGAGAGGAUGAGGUAGCCCCGGACGCCGUCUCCCUGCAGGGAGCUCCACGGAGGUCCAGUCUGGGUGUCGCGGCUGGACUUGCACCCAAAGGCUUCCGGGCAGUCUUCAGCAGGACAGGAUAAGAACAAGCUGUCAUAUGUUGGGUCAGUGGAUGCCAGGUCUCAGGGGAUGCUGGCUGCCUCCUCUACCACGGGACUCAUCCUCCAGGGAAGACCUCGAACUCUUCCGGCUAAAUCGGCUGCCGAAGUGAAAAGACACCAGAAACUCUACGAAGAGAUGGUGGCUGGUGCUCGCAGAAAAGAGCUCCAGAAGGCAAAAGAGACAAUAGAGAAAGAGAAACAAAGGAGACAGAGAGACAAGAUGGUGACCGACUCGCUGCUGGUUUGGCAGAAGGUGCUGCCCAACUGGGAGAACAUGAAGAGCAGUAAGAGAGUGAGAGACCUGUGGUGGUUGGGCCUGCCUCCCGGAAUCCGAGGGGAAGUUUGGAAACGAACUAUUGGGAACGACCUCAACAUAUCACCCGAACUCUACCAGAUCUCUCUGAGUAGGUGUCGAGAGCGUCUGGCAGCAGUGCAGAGUCGGUCAAGGGCCGACUCGUCAGGGUCUCUGAGAGGGAUCAACAGAGAGCAGAGUGUGGAGGUCAUCCAUCUCGACGUGUUGAGAACCUUCCCCACCCUUGGCUUCUUUCAAGAGGGUGGCCCCUAUAAUCAGAUGCUGCACGACGUCCUCGGAGCGUACGCCUGCUACCGACCUGACGUGGGCUACGUGCAGGGAAUGUCGUUCCUGGCCGCCGUCCUCUUGCUCAACAUGGAUGCGAGCGACGCCUUCUCGUGUUUCGCCAACCUCCUCAACCGCAGCUCCUACCUGGCCUUCUUCCGAGUGGACCACGGCCUCAUGAGGCCCUACUUCUCGGCCUUCACCUCCCUCCUCCAGGAACACCUACCUCGACUCCACGAACACUUCACGAGGCUAGAGUUCUCUCCCGAGUACUACCUCAUUGAGUGGAUAUUUACGAUGUACACUCGCACCUUUCCUCUGGAUGUGGCCUGCAGAGUGUGGGAUCUGUUUUGUAGAGACGGCGACUGUUUUCUCUUCAGAACAGCUCUUGGUGUUUUGAGGUUGUUCCAGAACGAAGUAAUGGAGAGACACACAAUUGAAGAGGUGGGUCAGUUCCUCGGCCACCUCCCAGACUUUGUAGAUGGCGACACGCUCUUCCAGAACAUAUCAACCAUCAAUCUCACAGCAAAGAGAUUCUCCCAGUGCCUCCAGCAGCACUCCUCAAGCAGCAGCAGCUGACACACAGCUCUCUCAGCUUGUAGCCCGGUGCUGUUUCUGUUGUCGUAUGUAUGCUCCAUGUUGUGUUUUAUCAUGUGACUUGUUCUCUCUCUCUUUCGUUCCCCUGCUCUUCUUCAUCGUCUGUUGCAUCAAGACCGUCUUUUGUAUUAUGAUUGAUUUCCUCCCAUACAAUCGACAUAAGGAUUGCGCAUGCGCUUUGGGAACCAAGCGUGUACGUACGUACGUACGUGUAUGCGCGCGUAUGUGUGUUCGCGUGUGUACGGGAAAACGAAGAUUGGAAGCAGCUGAGGCUAGGCGGAGAGCUCUGCAGGCAGGAUGUCUUCCAUUGACAAACUCCUCAUCCAAGGGAUACGCAGUUUCGGUCCUGGGGAUUCGGAGAAGGCAGUCAUUCAGUUUGGCACGCCUCUCACACUCAUAACUGGCCAGAACGGCGCCGGGAAAACGACAGUAAUAGAGUGCCUGAAAUACGCCACUACUGGGGAUCAGCCACCCAACACGAAAGGUGGAGCAUUUGUACACGAUCCAAAGUUGGUUGGGGAGAGAGAUGUGCGUGCAGUGGUGAAGCUGAGAUUCAGGGACAUCGGCGGACACAUGGUCACUUGCCACAGAAUGCUCCAGGCCCUCCAGAAGCCAACCAAGAUAGAGGUGAAGACUGUGGAUACUUCUCUUGAAAAGAUAGGGAGAGAUGGUCAGAAGAUGAAGCUCACAGCUCGCAUUGGAGAAGUAGACCGGGAGAUGAUCAACCAUUUAGGUGUCUCGAAGGCCAUCCUCACUCACGUCAUAUUCUGCCACCAGGAGGACUCCACGUGGUCUGUUCUGCUCCUCCACUGCUCCUCCUACACCUAGCACACUGUGUGUGUGUGUAUUACACUACAUGCAGGCCUCUCAGUGAAGGCAAGGCUCUGAAGCUAAAGUUUGACGAGAUAUUUGCCUCCACGCGAUACUCAAAGGCACUCGACGCCAUCCAUAAACUGCAGAGGGAAAAGAGUGCAGAGUGUAAGGGGUAUGCCACUGAACUGGACUAUCUCAAGAAGCACAAGCUCAAGGCUGAAGAACUGGAAGGUGAACUGAUGGACAUGCAGAGAAAAGUCGAGACUUCGAAAGCAGAGAUCCAGAGAAUAACCAGCGAACUAAGACCACUUGAGGAGAGGAAGCAGGAGAUGAAUGAAAUGUAUGGCGAGGCCGACUCCAUGAAGACCAGGAUUGCUGAGCUUGAGAGCAGCAAGAGGGAGCUGGACAGGAGUCUCGCAGACCUUCGCAGGAAGAUCAGCCAGCCAUUCACCGGUAGUCGUGAGGAGCUGCAGAGACUGAGAGAUGACCACCACUCCCAGCUGGAGAGAAACAAACAGGACUUGGCGCACGUGGAGAGGCAGUGUAAGGAUGCGAGUGAGGAGAGCAGCGGAAUUGAACAGCAGCUCAGCCAGCUCUACCACGAACAGGGCAGGAAAGAAAUGAACCACAAAAACCAUCUGCAGCUGGUAGAGAAACGUGACGGGGAGCUGCUGUCUCUAGCGACGCAGCUGGGAAUGGAGAGAUUCAAAGACGCAGCCCCCUUCUCUAGCGAGACCGUCAGAAGGUUUCUGAGCGAGACUGGCAAGAGAGUGAAGGGAGAGGAGGAGAAAGGUCGACAGGAAAAGCUCCGGUUUGCUCAGAAGGAGGAUGAGCUGCAGAAAGAGAUCAACGAUCUGCGGACUAACCUGGCACAGAUUGACCAGUCCCUCAAGAUGAGGGAGAGGACGGUGGCCGAGAACAGGGAGAAGAUGGCCGCCAUCGAGAGGAAGCUGGCCAGUCUCGGCAGCGGGGGCAGCGCACUGGAGGGCCUUCAGAAGGAGCUUUCCUCAACAGAGCGUGAGCUGGAGGAGGUGAAGUCGCAGACAGACAUCACACAGAUGGACGAGGCGCUGGAGGUUCUGCGGAGCGAGAAGAGGAAGGUGGAGGUGAUUAUGUCUCGACUGCAGCAGGAGCUCUCCGUAAUCAGCCGGCAGUCCAGCAGUCGCGGGGCUCUCGAGGCCCUGCGGAGAGACAAACGUGCCAAGGAGGAGCGCUACCAGACCGAGAUGUGCAGUAUGGAGGCUGAGCUGUUGACCGUCCUCGGUCACAUUCCGGCUCCAGAUGACCGGGACGUGCCCACUCAACUGGAGAACAUUGAGAGGACCAAGAACAGGGAGCUGCAGAGUAGCCAGGAGCAGUUUCAGAAGGGAAGGUUUGGGCUCUCCCGACUCCAGACUCAACUGGAGGAGACAGAGAAUCAACUGAAGGCAAAAAAGAGAAGAGUAGAAGCCCUGCAGGGAGAAGUGGCUGGGGAGUGUGGGGAGGAUGGAGCCGUGUACGACCAGGUCAUGGAGAAAUUGAGGCAGGACAUUGAGACCAACUUCGAUGACAUGAGUGCGGUGAAGGGCUCGCUCCCGUUCUUCAGAAAGUCUCUGGAGAAGAUUCACUCGACUCGCAAGUGCCCUCUCUGUACCAGGGGCUUCAGCGAUCACGCCGGCUUCGAGAAGACUGUCAAGUCGAUCACCGACAGACUCAACAACACUGUCCCUCGUCUCCUCCCGACUCUGGAGGGCAAACAGCAUCAGUUGCAGGAGAAACAGAAGACGCUGCAGGAACUGAAGCCCAAGAUCGAAGAGUUGGCCCAGCUUCGGGACAGAGAGAUUCCUCGUCUCGACGCAGCCAAGGGUCAGAAGGAGGCAGAGAUCGUGAAACUGAAAACAGAACUGAACGCAAUGGAGGAGAAGGUGACGGGGCUCCGUACCAACUUAGAGCAGAUUCGAGGGCUCUUGCCGCGGGUGUCCCGGACCUCGCAGCUCUGCCGGGACCUGGAGGAGCUGGACGCCAAGAUCGGGAGCGAAGAGAGCCAGCUCAGCGGCAGUGACUCGUCGCGGAGUCACGUCAUCGUCAGCAGAGAGCUGCGGGACGUUCAGUUGAAGAUCGAGGAUCUGGACAGGAAGAUGGACCACAAGAGGCAGCAGAUCCAGUCUGGUGUGCAGGAGAUCCGACAGUUGGAGCAGCGAGUCAACCAACUCAGAGAUGAGAAGUUGAGGCUUCAGGAGAGACUGCAGGAGAAGCAGGGGCUUCUCACCAAGAAGGAAGACCUUGCAGCCAUCAUCCAAAAAGAAGAGAGGGAUAUAAAGAUGUCAGCCCAGCGCCACGGACCGGUGGAGGAGAAGCUGCGGAGGAAGGAGGAGGAGAAGAGAGAGCUGUGUCAGGCUCGGGACGAAGCCGAGGCAGUAAGCAAAGCAGAGGUGGACAGCCUCAGAUCCAGCGUGGAUGCCAUUGGCUUAACCACUCAGCAGAUCAGCAGGUAUGAGAGUGAAGGAGGAGAGACAGGUCUUCGACAGCUCAACGGUCGUAUCAACUCCAUCAAGAGAGAGGCCGAGGGGAAGACGAGGGAGAGGAAGGAGCUUGAGGACAAGAUUAAGAAACUGCAGAAAGAAGUUGCCAAUGUUGAGCUGCAAGAGAGGGAGUGGGAGGACCAGCUGCAGCUGAUGAGAGUGGCGGCCGACGUAGCCAGGAAGGAGAGAGACGCCCAGAAACUGAGAGAGAAGAUGAGAGAAAUGGGUCUCCACAGAUACGAUGAGGAAUACUCCAAACUGCAGCAAGAACAGGAGAAAAUGACGAGAGAGAGGGCCCGUAUGGAGGGAGGGAGUCUGGGGCACGAGGAGAGGGUGAGAGGGCUCCAGAGAGAGCUCAAGGGAGACAUGUACAGAGACGCUGAACGCAAACACAAAGACAUGCUCAUCAGUCUCAGAACUACAGAGAUGGCUGCUAAAGAUCUGGAGAAGUACUAUAAAGUUCUUGAUAGAGCCAUAAUGAGGUUUCACAAGCUGAAGAUGGAGGAGAUUAACAAGAUCAUCAAGGAGCUGUGGAUCAAGACCUACCGCGGAGGAGAUAUCGACGUGAUUGAGAUUCGAUCAGACGGCGACACUGAGGAGUCUGGAGGUAUCAAGACCAGAAGAGUCUACCACUAUAGAGUGGUGAUGUUGAAGGGUGAAACGGCACUGGACAUGCGAGGUCGCUGCAGUGCGGGGCAGAAGAUGCUGGCCUCCAUCAUCAUCAGACUGGCCCUCGCCGAGACCUUCUGUGUCAACUGCGGUCUUCUGGCGCUGGACGAACCCACCACCAACCUGGACAAGGACAACAUCGAGGGACUGGCACAGGCCCUCGCAGAUAUUGUCAAGGACCGGAGCAGUCAGAAGAACUUCCAGUUGAUAGUGAUAACUCACGACACAGAGUUUGUUGAUGUACUCGGUCAGGCCGGCUACACCGAGCACUACUUCAAGGUCUCCAAAGAAGUCGGAGAGACAUCUCGUAUCAGAAGACUGCCACUCUCUGGCAUGGAGCACUGAGUCCCCCUUUUCCCUACUUGAAGUGCCAUGUUAUGUAGACAUAAACACAAUCAAUCUGAUACUUGGACUCCACAAUCAUACAAACGUAAUAAAUCAAAUCAUGUUGUCUGCUCCACCAGUACGUUCACCAACGCAGCGUAUUUCGUGGAAUGCGGUAGUAUUGCACCCUGUGAGGUAUCUGCUAGCUGUCCGUGUGCAGGAAGGGAAGGGAGAACGGUGCACUCCCUGUGUUCAUAGUGUGCUCCUUCUCUCUCGGACAUUGCUGCACAGUCAAAGUCCAUACCAUCAUUCACUAGUGGAUCCACUCCUAUACCAACCACCCUCAGUUUCUGGUACCCCAGAGGGGCUCUGGGCACCCACAGUAAGCCGUGGGAUGUGAUUCCCUUCCAAAUGCUCUCCCCAAAGAGCUCCUCCAUUAUAGUUCUGAUGGUCUCCAUGACAGUUUUCAUAUUCUCUUCGACAAUCAUGAUUCUGAAUCUGGGCCCAACUGUUUCCACAUUAUGGGAGCUGCCCACAACCCCGCUGAACUCUCUUCCUACCAGUGGUUUGUAGAUGCAAGUUGUGAUCUCUGUUAUCUGUUCCAUGCUCAGUCCCUCCAUGGCACAUCAGUCACUGCUGCUUCAGUCACCCUGCAAGACUGAUCUUGAGUGCUGUUUUGCUAGAGUCCUCCCCUUUUGUCCUCCAUGAAUGAAUGACAUCCCACCCUUCUUAGAAUUUCUCUCUGUUUGUUAUUACUUAUUACUGUAAACAUUGUCAACAUUAAUCAUCGUUAGUGUCAUUUGCUUUGCGCAAUACACACACAGACCAACUCAUGGUAUGGUAUGAGCAUGCGCAAAAUUGAUAGUUGUUGCCAAGUCACACCUCUACUCUAGUACUGCAGAACAAUGCACUACAUUGUGUUUAUCCCUAAUUCCACUUUCCAUGGAGUCACUAGAACUACAUACUACGAAAUGUCAAGUCUUUUUUUCCUCACCUAGACCAGGGUGAUAUGGACCAUGGCACGGUAGGAUUUCUGCCAGUUAAGACCUGUCAGAACCUCAAUGUUGGCCACUGUAAAGGUGGUUCUGUCCCCUUUAUAGGUCUCUUUGAGGGAUUUCACCCACAGCUUUGUUGGUCCUUUUUUCGGUGUUAUGCCUUUCCACACCUUCUCCUCGUUAUUGUAUGGCUCAACCUUCUUGGAAACCCUCUCCACCUCAUCCACAAUAGUUUCCAUCAGCCCAAUGACUCCCUGAUCACGAACAUUCACCACAUCCCUAGGGCCUCCAGUGCACACAGCUGGGGUGUUUUCCUCGUGAAUAGAGCCUUCAAAAGUCAUCCCGAGCAGUGGCUCAUAGAUAGCCUUUAUUUCCAAGACAAGUUCUUCCAGAGACAAAGACAUUGUUGGAGACAAUCAACCAGCAGAUGUUGCCGACUUCAGGGAACUAUCCCUGCAUUAUAUAUCAUAU